CUGCGUGAUAUUUGUUGUUGUUUUCGUGGAGCGGAAGACGACAGUCGACGUUUUUACACUCGGUUGGACUCCCAAGUUCGAGAAAACAGUCAUUUGAGCAAUAUAAUUUUUUUUUGUAGAAUAGUCAAUUUGGUGAUACGAGGGACUAGCGGAGACUUUGGGACUUGCUCUGUCAUUGGGUCAAACCGUGUUUUAGCUGCCCGAAGUUGUGUGUCAUCUUAAAUGCUUUCUGGUGACGUUGCGUCCAGAUGGCAAGUCAGUACCAGCGCUCUGUACCGCUGGAGGUGAGGAGAGCGGAGGGAGAGCGUGUCCGGGCCAAGCAUCCUGACAAGAUACCGAUCAUUGUAGAGAGGGCCCAGAGGUCACGAGCUCCUGAACUGGAUAAGAAGAAAUACUUGGUGCCCUCAGAUUUAACAGUGGGGCAGUUGUGUUUCCUCAUCCGCCAGCGUGUGUCAUUGAGACCAGAGGAGGCGCUCUUCUUCUUUGUCAACAACUCCUUGCCCCCCUCCAGUUCACCUCUUUCUGCAGUCUAUGAGGAGCACCACGAAGAAGACCUGUUCCUCUACAUGACCUACAGCAACGAGAGCGUCUACGGUGCCUGAAGGGAGCAUACCGCCAGGUUGGCCUGGAUGGCGAAAACGAGAAAGAGGGGAGAUGGGAGACGCCAUUAUUAUUCUCUAUAUUAGUGUACGAGUAAUCACGUGGUGGGGAAAAAGUCUGAAGGUUGCAGUUUCAUUUAUUAUUAAAUGUUUACUUAAAAAAAAAUCCUUACAUGGUGAAAGAAAAAUGAAAAAAGGAAGAAAAUUGAUGGAAAAGGAAGUGGUCUCAUGAUCUUGGCCAGAGCUCCCCUCAUCUUUCUCAUGUGUAUUUAAUGAAUAUAGUUUUGUUUUUGUAAAUUGAGCAAUCAUGAACUUUUUUUUUUUGUGUGGCAAAUAAAGAUUACAAAAGCA